AUGUUCGAUGGUGCAGCUUCCCCUCCAAAAGGAGGGAAUCCCGACUCAAAUAUACUCAUAAGUGAUAUAACUACAAUCAUAUGUCUAGAUGAUUACCAUUCUUUUGACAGAACUGGCAGGAAAGCGAAGAGAGUGACUGCACUUGAUCCACAAACCAAUGACUUUGAUCUUAUGUAUGAACAUGUUAAGGCUCUUAAAGAUGGUGUGGCUGUUGAGAAGCCGAUUUAUAACCAUAUAAUUGGUCUUUUGGACGCUCUUGAACUCCUCAAAUCCUCUAAGAUUCUAGUCAUUAAAGGUCUGCACCUAAUGUAA